GAAGAGAUUAUACUGCGGUGAGGCACCGUGGUCCAGCUAUCAAUUUCGGGUUAUGGACGCGGAUCCAGGAGAAAUGGGAAAGGCCCUUUCUGGCAACGGUAAUGACGUAUCCAUCUGUGACAAUAUCCCAAGGGUGAAUCUGGUUUCUGGAAAUCUAGUCUGACCCCAUGGCAGCUAGGAUGGAUGUGACUUUGCCUAUGGUUAGAAAACAAAGAAUUUACUGAGUUACCUGAGUACCCUGUAUACCUGUGGGUCCCACCACCUCGCUGAUAGCAGGGCUUCACAGGACCUUGGUCAAGUCUCCAGAAGGCCCUGCCUGGGGCUGCAGCUGAAGGACUCAAAUUUUUUUCCAAGAACAGCAGAAAAUGAUUGAGUACCAGAGACCUGUGUCCUUUAAAGACGUGGUAGUGGGCUUCACUCAAGAGGAGUGGCACAGGCUGAAUCCUGCUCAGAGGGCACUGUACCGGGAUGUGAUGCUGGAGACCUACAGCAACCUUGUCUCCGUGGGUUAUGAAGGCACGAAACCAUAUGUGAUCCUGAAGCUGGAGCAGGAAGAAGCGCCGUGGAUUUGUGAGGCAGCAUGCUCAGGCUGCCACUGUCAGGAAAACAUUUGUCAAGUUAAUGUCCAGAGGAAAAGACAAGACAUGAUUUUGAACCAAGGUGCAUUCAUCAGCAAGAAAACAUUGCCCAAGGAAAGAAGCCAUGAAAACAAUAAGUUUGGGAAAAUACCACCUCUGAGCACUAAUCUUUCUCCUUCAAUUCAAAAUCCCAGUAACUGGGAUCCCUGUGGAAAGAGUGCAAACCAUAAUUUAGAUUUGAUUGGUUUUAAGAGAAACUAUUCAAAAAAGCAAGAUGAGUGCUGUGGUUGUGGGAAAUUGUUACAACAUACAGACCAUGAUAGAAGACCUAAUGGAGAAAAACUCUGGGAAUGCAGUCAUUGUGAGAAAGCUUUCAGCCACAACCCAGCACUUAUGUAUAAACCAGCAGGAACCAAUUCUCUUGCAUACAAACGUAAGAGGGUUCCACCUGCAGAGAAACCCCAUGUCUGUAGCGAGUGUGGGAAAGCCUUCUGCUACAAGUCUGAGUUCAUUAGGCAUCAGAGAAGUCACACUGGGGAGAAGCCAUAUGGAUGCACUGACUGUGGGAAAGCCUUUUCACAUAAGUCAACCCUCAUUAAACAUCAGCGAAUUCACACUGGGGUAAGACCCUUCGAAUGUUUUUUCUGUGGGAAAGCCUUCACUCAGAAGUCACACCGCAGAGAACAUCAAAGAACACAUACUGGAGAGAGACCCUUUGUGUGCAGUGAAUGUGGGAAGUCAUUUGGCGAGAAGUCAUACCUCAAUGUACAUCGAAAAAUACACACAGGAGAAAGACCAUACCGUUGCAGAGAAUGUGGGAAAUCCUUCAGUCAAAAAUCAUGCCUCAAUAAACACUGGAGAACUCAUACAGGAGAAAAACCCUAUGGAUGCAGUGAAUGUGGCAAAGCUUUUUAUCAGAAGCCAAACCUCAGUAGACAUCAGAAAAUUCAUGCCAGGAAGAAUGCCUAUAGGAAUUAAAACCUGUUCUUGUGAGAAAGCCUUAAGCAAGGUGUCCUAUUUCAUUAUAUGUGCAGGCGUUCAUUUUUAGG